UCACCUCCGCCUACAACCACAAAGAGGAUAAUACCGAGAGCCCACAAACUAAUGGGGCUCCGUUUCGACAACUGCUCUUGGCGAGAAGGCUUGACUGCCUUUUUACCUGAGCGAACGGCGUUUGCGAAUUGAGCGUUCUUCUGACGCAACUCGAACUGGGUAGGCUAGGAAGGUACAAGGGAAUGAGCGACGAUGGACACGAUAGUCAAUAUUAUUGCUGGGAGUAAUUAGACAAGGAAGGGCAGUCUAGUUCAAGGCUGCCCAAACAAACACUGACAUCGUCCGAUGCCAGGACAUGGAAAAAAAGUGUCCCUCAAGGCGACUCUUCAGUCGCAGCAAUCUAGGCUGAAGGCAAAACAAAAAGUUGACCACGCCGCACAAGUUGCAGAACAGAAAGGAAAGCGACGCAAGAACCAGAACAGCAGGAAGUCAAAUCCAUCGCAAUCACUACCAACAGUUCCGUUCAGGCCAACGGAUGCAAUUCUCCUCAUCGGAGAAGGGAACUUCUCAUUUGCUCGCGCUUUACUUGUCGAUCCACCACCUGGACUCGAGCACCUUCCACCUGCAGCGGUGACUGCGACUUCUUAUGAUGCGGAAGAAGAUUGCUACGCAAAAUACCCCGACGCAAAGGAAAUCGUCGAGACUGUGAGGAACCGGGGUGCUCAGGUUCUGUUUAAUAUCGAUGCGACUAGACUGCACAAAUAUCCCGCAUUUAAAGGGAGAAAAUGGGAUAAGAUAGUCUGGAAUUUCCCUCAUGCAGGAAAGGGGAUCACUGAUCAGGAUAGGAACAUUCUGUCCAAUCAGCGACUCAUAUUGGACUUUCUACGCUCCGCUCCGCAUUGUCUCGUACAGGGACCCAUACCUUUGGUCCAUCGGAAACGGCGGCGAAAGAGUCAAGAUGAUGACGAAGACGACGAGGAUGAUGUGGUCAUGGACAACAUAUCUGACUCGGAUGGAGAACCAUCAGUUCAAUCCGCAACAACAACCAUUGGAAGAGGCACAGUGUUGAUCACACUGCGAAAUGUUCCUCCAUACACCGCUUGGGACGUGCCACGACUAGCAAAGUCACCUCCGAAGCCGACCAAGACCGGCGAUACUCCAAACCCUCGUUACAAGUUAUUGCGCUCUUUUGUAUUCCAAAGGAGUUUGUGGAAAGGGUAUGAACAUCGCAUGACGAAAGGGGACAGAGCUCAUGGCCAGGGAACAACUGGAGCAGGAGGAGAAGAUCAGACAUGGGAGCUCUGCUUGCAGGAUUAGAUUACUGGUCCUCGAAAGAUGCCCAUCUAUAUGUC